UCCACAUGUUGGCCGAACCCAAACGUAAGACAUGUUGGACUCUGAACCCACGCGGCAAGUAUUGGUCUGAAGAUAAAAGCAAAUUCGGACAAAAAAUACUGGAAUCGAUGGGUUGGAAGGAAGGACUCGGUUUAGGCAGAGAUGAGAAUGGCAUCAAAGAGCACAUCAAAGUGUCGGUUAAUAUUGAAAAUAAAGGUUUGGGUUAUACGCCGUCGGCCGACAGCGUCUGGAUUGAGAAGAACGAAGACUAUGAGAAACUGUUGGCACAACUGGCCGUUCACUACAACCAUGACAGCCAUCGCACAGAAAAGGUGUCCGACUUGGAGGUGGUCUCCAAAAAGAUGAGGAAUAGAGUCCAUUAUCAUAAACUAAUUAAAGCCAAGAAUUUGAGUCAAUGUUCGGAAAAGGAUUUGAUUUCAAUAUUUCCCAAAAAGAAAGCCAACCCUUCGGACCAAUCAUCGAAAGAUAGGGCAAAGACUUUGCAUACAAACGAUUGUCUCAAUACGAGUGAUGCCUUUAAGACGGUGGAGAGCAGUCUCAAUAUGAAUGACUACUUCACGUCCAAAAUGAAUAAAUUGAAACUUAAAAUGAAUGCAAUGAAAGUCGAUUCCAUUGACACCAAUCAGGAAGUGGUGAACCAAAAGGAAACGAGUGAUGAAGUGAUUAGUGAUGUUCGGAACUGUGUGUCUGAAAAGGACACAAUGAAUGGCAAACAUAAUGUGAUGACUGAAACGAAUGAUAAUCUAAAUAAUUCCGAAACGGACUCUAAUUUGAGUGAAAAUAAUGUGAAGAAAGGGAAGAGAAAACGAAAACUAAUGGAAGAGAAUGUGAACAACAAUUUGAACGAUGGCUUCCCUAUAGAAAUAGACAAUGAAUUNAUGACUACUGAUAAGAAUAAAGUGUGA